AUGGCCUUCGCCGAGAAGAGGCGGUGUCUGCGUGACAGCUGGUUUAUGUUUGAUUCGAUGCUGGUGUUCACCAUGGUUAUCGAAACCUGGAUAAUGCCAAUCAUUGUGCUGGGCUUCAAUAUCGAUUUGGCGAAUGCUCUGGACCUCUCGACCUUGCGGAUGUUCCGCAUGGUGAAGCUGCUGCGGCUCUCGCGCAUGGCCAAGCUCCUCCGUGCAGUUCCGGAGCUCACCAUUAUCAUGAAGGGCAUCAAUCUGGCCACCAGGUCAGUGAGCCUCUUCUGGAUUUGCUUGACUCGGCAAGAAGGCAGAGACGAGCAUACAGAGGGUAAAGACAUCUUGCCCGAACUGAGGGUAGUGUUCUUCGCUCUGUGGAUGAUGAUCAUCUACGUCUUUGCCUUGGUUCUCCGGCAAGUUACCGAAGGCCAGUUGGUGGGAACCCAGCUGCUUGCCUGCAUGUUUCCUAGUUUCCUGCACGUUGCUUCAGCUAAUUUCCCCGAGCGAGCCCGCCAAAGGGCUCUCAAGGAGGCAUUGGAAGAGAGAACUCUAGCGGCAGCGGAUGGGAUGCUGUUUCCAAGGUACUUCUCAAAUGUGCCGCAGUCCAUCAACAACCUGCUGCUUUAUGGGAUCCUGCCAGACCAGCGUGAAAUCGUCACGACCCUGGGAAACGCAAGUGCCUGGAUGUGGCCUCUCAUCGUUUGUUUCUUUCUCCUCUGCUCCAUCACCAUCAUGUAUAUGCUUGUGGGGGUGCUGGUGGAUGUCAUCCGCGUCAUCUCGACCACUGAGAAAGAAGGCCUCACGGUUGCAUACUUGGCCAGUGAGUUUCGAGACAAGAUGGAGAGUCUCAAUUACAAUCCCGAAGAGCCGCUGACGCAGUUUGAGUUCCAGAAGCUUCUCGUGGAGCCAGAGAUUGCCGUGAUCCUGUCAGGAGAGGGCGUGGAUGUUAUCGCGCUGGUCGACAGCCUGGACAUGAUCUACGAGGACCUCGCCAAGAAUGGCAGGGAUGGUCUUGACUUCACCGCUGCCCUCGAGUUAUUGCUCAACAUGAGAGGUGGCAAUGCUGCCACUGUGAAAGAUGUCAAGGAGCAACUCCGCCUCACCAAGUCCUUGGUGAAGUCCAUGCAGUGGCAACUUCGGGGCACUUCGGGUUGGCUUCGAAUUUCAUGGCCAUGCCUGCUAUGCAUCUCAUUUUGCACCAUGUUCCCUCGUUUUCCUUGCCUCACCCGAGGAUGCUGA